CAAACACCGCAUCACUCGUCGACACCACUGACCGCUGGCCGACCACUGGUCCACACGACGAUGUCAUCGAUGGCAGCGAACCAGUCGUCGCCGGCGCCGCACCACACGUCGGGCACCGGCGCCUCCACCGCCCCCACCGGUGGCCACCACUCGGACGCCGCGCCCGCCCAAGAGAAUGGCUACACGUUUCGUAUGGGCGACCACGAGGUGACAAUGCGUGACAGCUUCGCCUCCAUGUUGGACACCACACAACUCACUGACUGUCUACUCGUAUGCCAUUCACCCCUCAAUAAGGACGACAACGCCGGCGACAGCGCCGACUGUCUACUCGUAUGCCAUUCACCCCUCAAUAAGGACGACAACGCCGGCGACAGCGCCGGUGCCGACAGCGCCUCUCACGGCCUGACCAAUGGCCACCACAGGGAUCACUCGCCUUCGCCCGCCCUGUCGUUGACGGACCCCAAGAACGGCGUCGGCGUGAGUGGCCAUACACUGCACACCCAUCGGGUGAUACUGUCGGCGUCGUCGGACUAUUUUCGGGCCAUUUUCUCCACUCUGACCGCUCAGCCGUUGGGUGUCGUCGCCGUUGUGGUGACGAAUGUGGACUUCGAUGACCUCAAGAGUAUUGUCGACUUCAUCUAUAAGGGACAGGUAUCCGUAGGCCAGUCCCGUAUACACAAGUUCUUGGCCGCCGCCCAGACCCUAAUGGUUAAGGGCUUAAUGAAUAUAAAGCUAGUGUCCAAUGAUAACCAGGGAUCGGAUGAAGGCGGGAACGGCGCGGCGGGUGGCGACUCGUCGUCCGCCGAUGACCAACACGUGCAACGCUUGCGGUCCGAGAAGCGAUCUCUGGAGCACGAGAUACGGACCCUUCGGGAGCACGAGAGGAGCCGUAAAGAGCGGCUCAGGCGUGAGAUCGAGACUGAGAUGAAGAAGAAGUUGGAGCUCGAGAAGAGUGUUCUCAACGAAGAGAAACAGCGUUUCGAAGCCAUGAGAAUGAAGUUCUCCAUCGAGAGGGAGGUCUACGAGAAGACUCGCGCCAAAGAGUUGUCUAAUAAGUGCCUCAAUAAUGGAAACACUAAUAGUGUUAAUAGCAAUCAAUUAGUGAAUAAUAAAGUUGUGAACAAUAAUAAUAGUUAUAAUAAUGUGAUUGAAUUCUCGGACAAUACGAACCACAUCGAGACCAACGGCACGGGAAUCACUAUCACUACACACCGGAGCCCUGGCCUGCGGGUGGAGCACCAGCCCAUACAGCAGUCACAACUGCCGCACCGGCUGGUGAUCACUGGCGGCCAUAUUGUGCGGCAACAGAUUGUGUCGCCGAAACGCGAGGACACGAAGAUUCCCGAAUCGCCCGGCAGUGAAGGCCGACAGUUGCGAAAGCGCAUCAAAUUGGGAACAGACGGCUCGGCUAACGACGCCGGCGGACACGAGUCGGUCAUCAAAGUGAAUAAGAGUGAUGUGUCUGAUAUGGAAGUGGACGAGUCCUCUGGACUUAAGCCCCUGAUUACGGGCGCCGCCGACCGGCACGACGUGGACGAGGAGGAGGACGACGGAGAGGUCUAUGAGAUAGACUUCAGUCAGCCGUUAGAAACCCAACAUUUUAAGCACCACUCGAGCGCUGGUAAGGACCAAAUGAACGACCUUAAGGUGAAUCCGCAAUCGGCGGCGAUCGUGGCCUCAACACUGGCCUACCAUAAGAUGACUACCGCCACCACAACCACCAGUUCGUCUACAGUGACGGCCAGUCCCGCGACCACUGCGGCCGCUAUUAACACACGAGCGCUGCGACGCUCGACAUCCAGUCACGGCUCGCAGAACGGACACCACAGCGACGGCCAUACCAUUGGCACAGAAGUGGUCAACACUGUUCGCCGCAAAGGACCCGGACGUACGCCCAACUGGGCUAAAGAGGCCGAAAUGAACAGCGAUUUGGACGGCACGCCGGAUACCCGUAGCGGCCGUAAGCAACGGGCGUCCCAGGAGUACGUGAUGAGUCCCGCGGGCGGCGCACAACAGCAGUCGAGCAGUGGGCUAUACCAGUGCCCGUAUUGUCCGCAGGUAUAUCACGGCCACCAAUCAAUGCAGGACCACAUCAAUGGUGUGCACCUCAAUGCCAAAACCCAAUACGUGUGCGACUACUGCGGCAAAGUGUAUACGUGGCGCAUAUCACUCAACAAACAUCUCAAGACUGUUCACCCCAACGAACCCAUACUCGAUUAGAUCAUGAUCGCCGCCUCCCUCACCCCCACCCGAGCCCACCGUUACUCUCUAUACACCACACACUCAUUGAAACUCAUUUGCUCCACACAUAUGUGUUUAAAGGCCUCUAAUUUUUAGCCCACAAUCAAACCAAACAUUUUAAUUGUUAAUUUGCAAAACACUCAACAUUUUGAAUUUCAUUACAUAUUUGUUGUGUUUCUAUCAUUACUUUGUAUUGUUUGUCCAAUGAUUUAUAACAAUCCUAUAUUAAUCAGACACUUAAUUUUAUUUUAAUCACAAUUUUGUUUUAAUUUAUAAUUUGUCAAUCAUUACAACAGAUAUGCAACCGACUAAUACAUCGAUCG